UUCCCCCAUCCUCCCCUCCACCACUCCCGCCUAGCCCUUCGCUCCACCACCUUCGAGACUCCCCCUUCGCCGGUCGGCGUCGUUGGUGGUUGGAGAGAUGGGGCAGCAGCGUACGUUGGUGUAUAGCUUCGUGGCGCGAGGCACCAUUGUGCUAGCGGACCACGCCGAGGUCUCCGGCAACUUUGCAUCUGUUGCCGCUCAGUGCCUGCAGAAACUUCCUGCCAACAACAAUCGUUUCAACUACAACUGCGAUGGGCACACAUUCAACUACCACAUUCAUGAUGGAUUUACAUACUGCGUUGUUGCUACUGAAUCAGCUGGUCGACAGCUUCCAGUUGGAUUUAUUGAAAGAGUCAAGGAUGAUUUUUCCAAGAAGUAUAGCGGAGGGAAAGCCAAAACUGCUAAUGCUAAUGGCCUCAAGCGAGAAUAUGGGCCUAAACUUAAAGAGCACAUGAAGUAUUGUGACCAGCACCCCGAGGAGAUCGACAAGCUUGCAAAAGUGAAGGCUCAAGUCACAGAGGUCAAGGGAGUGAUGAUGCAAAACAUCGAGAAGGUACUAGAUCGUGGUGAAAAAAUCGAACUUCUUGUGGAUAAAACGGAGGAUCUCCGAGCACAGGCACAAGAUUUCAGGCAACAGGGAACGAAGAUACGAAGAAAGAUGUGGUGGGAGAAUAUGAAGAUGAAGCUCAUCGUUUUCGGCAUCGUGGUUGCACUGAUCCUCCUCAUUGUCUUGACAGUUUGCAAGGACUUCGAUUGCUGAUAAGAUGCAGGAACAUGAAAGGAAAGAACAUGAGAAAAAAUGUAGGGGGAGUGUAGUGCCAUGACACCGCGGGACCAAAAUCCAUCAUUUGUGUGAUGUUGUUGGCAUUGGCCACAAUGUUCUUAGCUACGCCUAGAACGAUGGGCUCAAAUUAAGUUAUAACAGGGCUCUCUAAUAUUUUAAAUAAUUGUAAUAGUAGCAAAUAUCGUUGUGAAUCAUGAUUUGAUAAGGUGAUUACUCUACAAUUUAGUGAAGAGCUUCUUAUUGAUGUACC